UUGGGAAAUGCGUACCGCCGCGGUCACUACGGCCUCGUGAAAUCCGAUAAGAAAGCCGCGAAGAUUUGGAAGCGCGCCGUGGAGCUCGGCGACGUGGAGUCGAUGGCACUUCUUGCGCAAUUGCACGAUACUGGAAGUGGCGUCAAGCUGGACAAGAAGAAGGCGAUGAAGCUGUAUCUCGCGGCCGCAGAUCGGGGCUACGCGGUCGCGCAAUUCAAUAUAGGGGUUUUGCUUCGUCGUGAGAAGAAAGUUGAAGAAGCGUUCCAGUACUACGCGCUCGCGGCGGAUCAAGGUUUUGCCUCUGGAGAGAACAACCUUGGCGUGUGUUACAUGGAAGGAGUCGGCACGGAAGUCGACCUCGGCAAAGCCAGAUACUGGCUCGAGCGCGCCGCUGCCAAGGGCUACGAGACAGCUAUACAGGCCCUCGCGCACCUCGACGCGCGAGUAUAG